GUGGGUGUGUGCGUGAGUGAGAUAGAAAGAGUGCCUGUUAUGUUAUGGCUGCCCCUGCACUUUAUUCUAUUCAAAUUCGAUGCUUUGCUGUUACUUAUAUUUUGCUACUGAGAACGAGGCUGUGUUUCAAGAAAAAGGGGGAAAGGAAAAAAAAAAAUUAAAGAAAAAGGAAAAGGCCCCCUUGAGAGUUGAGACUCUCUCUCUCUUCCCCUCCCUCUCUCUCUCUCAUAAUUGCAUUGUCUUGUUCUUAAGUUGGUCUUGUCUCAUUUUUGUAUUGCUCAUUCGCAUUUGGGGUUCUGAAGUCGGGCUUCUACUCUCUCCUCUCUCUGCUGUAGUCGCAUUCAGUGUGUGUUGUGUGUGUACACUAGUUGUGUGAGCAUUACAGAGGUAAUUCACGAAAAAAAGAUUGAAUUUUGAUGUGAGAUUCAUGGUGAGAUGCCCAGGAACUAGAAUGCUGGAAAACUGAAGAUUUUAUGAAACCUGAGGAAGCCCAUUUCAGUUUUUUCACUUUUUGCAUGAGAGUUGGUUCUGGAAACAAUUGAAGGCAGAGAACAGUAGUGAACUUUAAAGGGCUUGUAUUAUUGGAGUAUCUCCUUUCCACGAUUUCUUCUUGAGUUGAUUUGAGCAAAGAUCAAAUUUCUUUUGGACAAGGGGGGUGGGAGGCGAAGGGUAUACAGAUUACCAUAUGAAGAAGUAGUGAGGAUUCUGGAACAAUGAAAGAUGAAAAUUCCAAGAAAAGCAAGCUCUCCUGGUCCAAGAAAUUGAUUAGAAGAUGGUUCAAUAUCAAGUGCAAAAGUGAUGAAUUUCAAGCUGAUGAAGCUGUUUACGGAGGUGGUGAUGUGGAAUGGAGGAACAGCUUUCCUGAGAGGGAACCAUCCACAGUCAAGAAGAGUAAAACUGAAAAAUCAACCAAGAACAUAGAGAGAUCCUUUUCCCGUUCACGCUCCCGUUCGAGGAGGGGGAGAGGUUAUCUUGACCACCCUCAGAUUAUAAAUGUGCAGAACUACAGUGUUUUUGUAUCAACAUGGAAUGUGGGAGGAAAAUCACCACCAAGCAAUAUGAAUUUAGAUGAUUGGCUACAUUCUGCUCCUCCUGCUGACAUAUAUGUGCUCGGGUUUCAAGAAAUAGUUCCUUUGAAUGCUGGUAAUAUUCUGGGAGCUGAGGACAAUGGUCCUGCCAAGAAGUGGCUUGCUCUGAUAAAGAGAACGUUAAACAAUGCUCCUGGCACUAGUGGGGGCAGUGGCCGAUAUACACCAUCACCUGUUCCUGAUCCCAUUGCUGAGUGGAAUGCUGAUUUUGAGGGAUCAACCAGGCACAAAGCCUCGACCUUCUUACCUCGUCGAUCGUUCCAGACGCCACAAUGCUGGAGAAUGGAGAAUGACAUUUCAGCCCAACAACCUCGCCUUGAGAGGAGAUUCAGCGUAUGUGACCGGGUAAUUUUUGGUCAUAGGCCUAGUGAUUUUGACCCAAAUAUGCGAUGGGGUUACAGGCCAAGUGACUGUUCCUCCAGUCAGAGGCCAAGUGAUUAUUCUUCUGGUCGCCGUCCAAGUGACUACUCUUCUGGUCCCCGGGCAAGCGACUAUUCCUCUAGUCGGCGGCCAAGUGACUACUCUUGGGGUCAGAGAGCAAGCGAUUUUUCACGAUUAGGUUCGGAUGAAGAUUAUCUCCCUGGUGAUUCACCCAGUACAGUUUUAUAUUCUCCAAUGUCCUACAGUGCAUAUGCACCGGCAGAAGAUGCAUGUGCUAUGCCUGGACGCUCGAGAUACUCUUUAGUUGCUAGUAAGCAAAUGGUUGGCAUCUUUCUCACUGUUUGGGUCCGAAGUGAGUUGACGGAACAUGUUAGGAACAUAAAGGUUUCCUGUGUUGGCAGAGGAUUGAUGGGCUACCUUGGUAAUAAGGGAUCCAUUUCAAUAAGCAUGUUAUUGCAUCAGACCAGCCUUUGCUUUGUGUGCAGUCACCUGACAUCUGGUCAGAAAGAAGGUGAUGAACUACGCAGAAAUGCUGAUUUCAUGGAGAUCCUAAGGAAAACUAGAUUCCCACGAGUUAAUGGCAUCCAUGACGAGAAAUCCCCUGAGACAAUCCUUCAACAUGAUCGAAUUAUCUGGCUUGGCGAUCUGAACUAUCGAAUAGCGCUGCCAUACCGGUCUGCCAAAGCACUUAUUGAAAUGCAAAACUGGAGAGCUCUACUAGAGAAGGACCAACUGAGGAUAGAGCAGAGACGAGGUCGAGUUUUUGAUGGGUGGAAAGAAGGGAAGAUAUAUUUCCCACCUACAUAUAAAUAUUCACAUAAUUCAGACAGAUAUGCUGGUGAUGAUAUGCACCCAAAAGAGAAACGAAGAACACCUGCAUGGUGUGACCGAAUUUUAUGGUAUGGAAGUGGCCUCCAGCAAUUAUCAUAUGUCCGCGGCGAAUCACGGUUUUCAGAUCAUAGACCAGUUUCCAGUGUGUUUUGGGCGGAAAUAGAGUCAGUCCCCAACCGUUUGAGAAAAAGCAUGAGUUGCUCAAGCUCAAGAAUUGAAGUAGAAGAGCUGUUGCCUUACUCGCAUGCCUAUACAGAACUCUGCUUUUUCUAAGGAAUGUAACACCGACGAUUCUGAUAUGGGCGAUAAUCUCUUUCAAGAAACUCAAUCUGAAGAACGAUGGGGACGUCUCUUUGCCCAUUACCCGAGAAAGAUGUAGAUACUUACAAUUUCAACCUGCUAACUUCACACAACGUGGCUUGAUUACCUCUGACCCCUAUUUCCUCCUAACUGAUUGCAUUUUGUUUUGGAGUCUAAUUCAACUUCAAGAUUGGCAAAUUCCUACAAUGAGGAUGAAAUUAAAGCCACAGAAGUGGGAACACAAGGCUCCUGUUUGUUUUCCUUUUCAAAUUUCAACCCUGAAGAUUCUUUAUUUGUUAGGACAGAGAUUCUUGACAAGAAGAGAAUUAGAGAUAUGGUGAAAAUAAUGAUACCCCUUUUCUUACCUUUCUGUUUUAAAUGAAGAGAAGUGAGAAUGUGAUGUAACACUCAUUGCUAACGUGAUAGGAGAAAUAUAGUACUGAAUGUUGCUGUAAGAGGCCCUCCCACUUUGUUUGUAGCCCAAUGAUUUUGCUGAAAAGUUGUUUUCUUGGUUGCCUCACCA